AUUCUUUAUAAGAACGAGACAGAAAAUAUCUAUGAACUAUUCGUACCAGGGUGCUCGGUACCAUGUACUUUGGAACAAUUAGUCCGACUAAGUACUCCUACCAUCCUGGAUUCGGUGGAUAAUUUGAAUAAGGCUUGCGAGAACAAAGAGAAUGGUUGUGAUACUAGCAGUGCCAACAUCAGCAAAGGUAGUGAUGCAGGACGACAUAAUGUCACAGUAAUGAACGUUUCUAUCUUACUGUAUUUGUUAUCGAUAAGCUAUUGGUUGUUUACUGCUUGCUGAGAUCGAUUUCCCAUAUUUGUCUAACG